CACGCUUCGAAGUUUCGUCUGUUCUGUCGUUCUGUUUGUUGACUUGGACUUGGGUUUGAUACUUGAUCUUGAUCUUUUAACCUCGACGUCGUUGUCGGGAAUACACUUCGUAUUAUCUCGGGGCUUUCGGAUUUUUCGUCAAUCUAUAACGAGGCCUGAUCUCCACUCGACACGAUCCCCGUACUGAGCAGCCCGAUUACCUGGCGAGUUGACGGCUGUUACUCAGAGAUAAUAUUGUUUUCUGCAACUUUUGUGUUCCUCUUGUCCAAAAAUGAGUGAGCGAAUCAAUUUGGAUCUUCCUCGCUAUGAUCAAUCUACUUACUGGGGAAGAGCUAAACAUUUCUUCACGGUGACAAACCCUCUCAAUGUCCUUGCUAGUGAAAGUGAGCUUGACCAAGCAAAGGAUAUUUACACACGUUACAGGAAGGGGGAAGAUAUUAGCGGAUUGACAGAAGAUGAGCUAUGGCGAGCCAAAAAUCUGUAUGAUUCUGCUUUCCACCCAGACACGGGCGAAAAGAUGCUUUUAAUUGGCCGUAUGUCUGCUCAAGUGCCCAUGAAUAUGACCAUUACUGGUUGUAUGAUGACCUUUUACAAAUCAACCCCUGCUGUUUUCUUUUGGCAGUGGGUUAAUCAAUCAUUUAAUGCAGUUGUUAACUACACUAAUCGUAGCGGGGACACUCCAAUCACGCUACAAGAGAGUGGUGUGUCUUAUGCAUUGGCGACCAGUGGUGCUGUAUUGACGGCCCUUGGACUUAAUAGCUUGGCAAAGAAAGCUCCACCUCUAGUUGGGCGUCUGGUUCCAUUUGCAGCAGUGGCAGCUGCAAAUUGCAUCAACAUCCCGUUGAUGAGACGCAGGGAAUUAAAGGAAGGUAUAUCAUUGGUUGACAAUGAUGGAAACAAAAUUGGGCAGUCAGCUGUUGCAGCUCAACAAGCUAUAGGCCAAGUUGUGUUCUCUCGAAUUGGCAUGGCUGUGCCUAGCAUGGUGCUGACUCCAGUUUUGAUGAACAUCUUGGACAAGCGUGGGUUUAUUCGCCGCUUCCCAUGGGCUAAUGCACCAAUCCAGACGUUGUUCUGUGGACUCUGUCUGACUUUUGCAACACCUAUGUGUUGUGCUCUCUUUUCCCAGAGGGCCUCAAUUGCUGUAGAUCAGCUGGAACCUGAACUUCAGGACGAAAUUAACAAAAUGAAGACCCCACCCAAGGUUGUGUAUUACAACAAAGGUCUUUAAACUUAGAGGUCAUGUUCAUCAACAAGAAACAUGAGAAUGUGGUGCAACUAUGCAUUUCAGUUCAUAUGUGGAGUGUAUUUUAUAUCAUCAAACGAUGUUAUGCCUUCCAUUUCUUAUUUAAAAAUUGAUAUUAUCGCUUCAUAGUUUCAAAUGAAAUAUUUCAUUCAUAUUUUAAAUGGGCUUUCAAACCUACCGGUGCUGGUGUAAAGAAUUUUUUAAGUUGGUUUGAGAUACCUAACAGAAUCUAUAUUAACCAGGUAAGACUUAAGUAACAACCAAGAUGUAACGUGCAUUUAUGUAACUUUUUAGUCAAAGUGUACUUAUGUUAUAACAAAGUCCACUUUAUUGUAUAAGACAUCAAUAUCACUGUAAUGUUUUAAAAGACUUUGACAAUAAUUAUUGUAUAAGAUACAUUAAGAGUUGUUUAUUGUACUGAAGUUGUACUUAUAAUUCAGUAACACUGCCAUCAAAAGUCUGUUUUAUUUUAAAGAGAGAGUUAUCAUAUCAAAACCUACCUUGAAUCUCAUUUUCUCUUGUCAACUUAGCUGACCACAGAAAAUACAUUAUACCACAUAAUAUACCACACUUCAAAAAGAAAUAACAAAAUUGCAGUGUAUGGACUGAUUUUUGAAUUUCAUGAUGUUAUUAGCUGUACUUUGUCAAGUACGUAUUUAGAUUUUAUCUAUUUGCCAUUAUUUUUGUUAUGUUGUAUUCAUUAUCAUUUAAAUAUUCUAUAUCAACUUGUGGUCAAUUACAAAGAGCAAUAUUUGAUGCAAGGUCAGUUUGAAUCUCUUGUGAUGUUUAUGCAUUUAAAUGUUUAUUAUGAAUAUCUAACCUUGUCUUACUUAAGUUCUAAAUUUUUAUUUCCUGCCAAAUAGUGUAUUCAAUGCUGUAACAACUUUAUUCAGCGACGACAAUGUGCCAGACAAUAAUUGAUGUAUAUCACGGCUGAUGAGACAUAAAAUCUACUCAAUGUA